AUGGCUCGCAAAGCCGCCUACAACAGCUGCUCUGCACAGCCACGCUUUCACAAGUCAGUGGUCGCCCUGGUUAAACAAUACACAAACCUCACUUUUAUCUUCCGCCACAACGACACAGACCUCAAAGCAACCGACAUUUGGAACACGAACGUGAUGGGUCAAUUCACCUGCCCCAAUGAAAAUUGUCGCAAGAGUGGCUGGUCGAGCAAGAAGAUAGCGAUCCGAAUCCGCAUGUACCCGGGCCGCCGAUACAACGCGAGAGUCUAUCAUCAGCGCUGCAAGAAGUGUGAGCGGCUUGGUGAGCUAGAACUGGAUGAUUCAUAUGCGGAGCGUGUUGCUUAUUGGCUCUUGAAGUGGAAUGGGGUGGAACUGGAGAAACCUAGCCAUGCUGGACAGAGCAAAGGUCCGCACAACAAGAAAUUAUGUGAAGGUUGCAAGGCCGGCCAUUGUGAGGAGUGA